CUUCCUCCUCUCCUUCCUUCCUGCUGCCUCGGCUCUUCACUGCUGAAAAAGGAAGAUGAAAAGCCGCCGCUGCAGCCCUUUACAUAACCGACACUGAACCAAACCGGACCUCCAGAGGAAUGUCGGCGAAGCGGCUGCUGUUGGAGCGGAGGCCGAGCUCAGCUGCCGAUACCCGGCCCUGAACACGACGCGACCAGCCUGGAGGAUCAGGCGGGUGGAGCUGCAGCCCGCCGGGCCGGGACGUUCCCAGCCGAACCCAGCCGAAGAGCGUUCCUCUUAUCCACCGUCCAGUCAGCAAUGCAGGGAGCCCCGCUGGACUGAAGAGCCGUCUGCCCCCCGCAUCCCGUAACCAGACCCCGACAUUCAGUUGAUCUUUUUAUGGUCCUCCUGUUGGCUGCAGCAUGGAGCGCACUGGCAGCAUUCAGCUGGACAUCCCUGACUUCAGUAACUCAGUCCUGUCACACCUGAACCAGCUGCGCGUUCAGGGACGCCUCUGUGACAUCGUGGUCAACGUUCAGGGCCAGAGUUUCCGUGCACACAAGGUGGUCCUUGCCGCCAGCUCGCCGUACUUCCGCGACCACAUGUCUCUGAGCCAGAUGAGCACAGUGUCGCUGACUGUUAUCCGCAACCCGUCCGUAUUCGAGCAGCUGUUGACCUUCUGCUACACGGGCCGCCUCUGCCUGCAGCUGGCGGACAUCAUCAGCUACCUGACUGCUGCCAGCUUCCUGCAGAUGCAGCACAUUAUCGACCGCUGCACCCAGAUCCUGGAGGGCAUCCACCUGAAGAUCAGCUUGGCUGACGUGGACGAGGCCUCCAGGGAGGAGGAAGUGGUGAUGCGGGGGUCCCGGAGCAGCAGGACAAUGGAGGCUGCGGUUCGAGGAGGGGCUCAUCACAGCGGUCUGAGGCUUCUUGGUCCCAGAGGAGGCGCAGAGGUGUUUGAGGUGGUCAGCCCAGCAGAGGAGCCGUCCAGCCCACCGCCGACAGUGGAGCACAGUGGGCUUGAGGGGCCUGGGACCACCAGCAGCAGGGUGAGCAAAGAGCCCAUCCUCCGCAUAAACCGGGCUGGUCAGUGGUACAUGGAGACGGGCAGCGAGCCGGAGCGGACUGACAGCGCUGAGGAGGGCACCGGAGUGGACAGAGUCAGGAUCAAGACAGAGAGGACGGAGGACUGGAUCGGAGCAGGAGGUAACCAAGAGGAGGGGGCCUCCGCAGAGGAGGGCACCAUGAUGAUUGACACAUCAGGGCGCAGCACGCUGAUGAUGGCCCCACAGGGAGGCCCUGUAACCCGCAGUGGGCAGGCGUCCUCCAGCUUCAGCGAAGUCGACCGGUUCAGUCCCACUGGCAGUGUGGUCGUCCUCACAGAGCGCCAGAGAGCCAAGAGUGAGUCUCCAAACAGAGCAGACGAGCUGCGGCAACCGAGCUCACAAGGGGAAGAGCAGGCAGCGUUUGAUAUGGGCGGCUAUGAGGACUACCUGAGGGAGCAGGUUGGAGACCGCUGGUUCCGCUACAACCCUCGGCUCACUUGCAUCUACUGCUGCAAGUCGUUCAACCAGAAAGGCAGCCUCGACCGGCAUAUGCGUCUCCACAUGGGAAUCACGCCGUUCGUCUGCCGCAUUUGCGGGAAGAAAUACACCCGGAAGGACCAGCUGGAGUACCACAUCCGCAAGCACACCGGCAACAAGCCCUUCCACUGCCACGUCUGCGGAAAGAGCUUCCCCUUCCAGGCCAUCCUCAACCAACACUUCCGCAAGAACCAUCCGGGCUGUGCUCCCCAGGAGGCCCACAGUGCCUCCCCCGAAACCACCACCACCUCAGUCCCCUCCAGCCGAGGGCCAAACGACGAGGCCUCCCCGAGCCAGGAGGAGCCUGAAGCCGGUGGCGGUGGGAGCGGUAACGGUGGAGGCCAGUACGGAGAAGCUCCUCAGACCUCCGUUUCCACCACAGGGCCCGACUGACCUCAGUGAAUGGAGGAUGCCGAGUCAGCAUUGGGAGCGGGUCCGAUCCCGUUGCGUAUAAAGGCGACAGGGUACCGAUCCGUGUGAAGUCAACGCACACCUCAGAGUCCAGAAUGAGAUUCUUACCGCUUUAAACCGCAUCUACCCUCACUAACCAGACAGAACAGAUUAAGCUAAAGAUGAAGAAACACCACACACUCCUACAACCUCAUACACCACAAAGUUCAGUGGCUCUCGUUUGCCUCCGUUAACUUUUUGUUGCAGAUUUCUACUUUUUAUAUAUCCAGGUUCACAAUGCAGCAUUAAGACCAUCCGGGGAGUCUGGGGGAGGACGUUGCCAAAAUACUCAGUGCCAGUUUAACAGAUCAAAUCCUUUUUAUUUGCCUUGAGACAAUCUGGAGCAAUCAGGUUAAUAAUGCUAACGUUAAUAAUAAUAAUAAUAAUUGCGCUGUUUAAGUGCCACAGUGACAGUUUUGUUCAUGAGGAAAGUUUUAUGUCAGGGGUGACUGGAGUUUCUGACAUCCGUCACAUUUCGUCCGUUUACACUACAAACAAUAUCUGCAGCUUUAACCUCAGUUUAAAGGCAUUAUACUUAGAUUUUGUUUCGAUGCCUUCAAAGACCUCAUUUAUACAAGGACAUAAAAUGAAGGCUGUUUCUCAAUGAGUACUUGUGCGUUCUCAUGUGCUCGUGAAACGUCAUCAGCCUCAGUCCUAGUACCCUUCCAAUUCACAAGAACACAAGACCGAGAACGGACAAAGUCCCUGGAUGCUGUUUUCGCCCCUGCCUCUUUACUGUGCAUGCAUCAAAGCAGACUUGUCUGUUCUUGAGUUUGACAAAUGUCCCAGCAUGCACCACUGCAGCAGCAGCAGCUUCCAGUGGAGCGCUCAAUGAGCUCUAGAGUAUUAAGUUGAAAAAAAAAAA